AAAUGGUAAUUGUUUUCGUUUGUUUUCGUUUCAGAUUUUGACAGCCGCAGCCCGAGCAGCGCACCUCCUGGCGGCCGAUGUUGCAACUGCGCGCGAUGUAAACAAACCGAAAUGGGUUAACCGUGUCGGACCUGGAACAAAAAACGUGAACUCGGCAAAAACAACAUAAAAAUAAAGUUCAACCGGGUAAGAACGGUUUAAUUACACAACACGCGCGCCGAACGAAAGUGAAACAUUGAGGUUAGGAAAAAUGUUCUCGGCGGAGCAGCCGCCGCCAUCUUUGGUCAUGACGUCAGCGCCGUCGCGUGGAGCAGUGAAAGGAUCACGUGACGUUCGGUAAUUAGCGGAAAUACACACACUCGAAGCAGGAGGAGGAAGUGUAGUGAAAUUCUAGGUUAUGUGUGAUGUUUUGAGACGAAACUGGUUAAUCGUGAUAGAAGCAAGAAGGGGGAAUAACGACAACCCAGGAGAAGACCGUUUAGUAGCUUAGUGGAACUUCAAGAAUGACCGGAUUAUUCGGAGAUAAAAGAAUGCUGCUCACGCUCUGCUGGAUGCUGGUGCUAGCCGGCCUGGUCCAGCGGGCGGUCGGGCUGGACCCGAAGUUCGAUCCGUCCACCCGGAUGCGGCUGGUGCUGGUGCCGGCGGACGCCCAGGUCGGUUCCGUCAUCUACCGGUUACGGGCCACCGACGAGGAGUUCGAGUACCCGCUGCAGUUUGAGCUUGUUGGUGACGCCGCCUCCGCCACCGUCCAGAUCGAGACGCUGCCGUGCACCCGGUUCAACUCGAUCUGCCAGGCGAACGUGAUCCUGCAGCGGCGGCUCGAGGCGGGCCGCUACUACGACUUCCAGGUCGCGGUGAAGGACACCAAGGGCGGCAUGUCGGUGCAGGCCUGCUCGAUCACGGCCACCAACUUCAGCACGCCGCAUGACCUCAUUUUCCCGCACAAAACGGGCAUCAUCAUGGUGCCGGAGGACGCCAAAAAGGGCACCGAGCUGGACUACGUGCUGGCUAACAAGAACCCGCUGAUGCCGAAGCCGGUCUACCUGGAGCUGUGGGGUUCGCCACUGUUCGCCAUCCGGCAGAAGAUUAUCUCACCGGAGAUGACCGAGGGUACGAUCUUCCUGCUCGGACCGCUCGACUUUGAGAAGCAGGCGAUGUACCACCUGACGGUGCUGGCCAAUGACGCCUAUGCCGAACCAGGGCAGGACUCGCGGAACAUUGCCGGCCUGGAGGUGGUCAUCAUCGUGGAGGAUGUGCAGGACGUUCCGCCGGUGUUUACGGUGGCGCCACCUGUUACGCGGCUGCCGCCGGGGUUGAUUCCGGGCGAUAAGGUUCUGCAAGUCCACGCUGAGGAUGGCGACAAGGGCGUUCCCAGGGAGAUCCGGUACGGACUGGUCUCGGAGGGCAAUCCGUUUACGUCGUUCUUCGAAAUCAACGAAACUAGCGGUGAAAUCUCCCUGCUUCGCCCGCUGGACGACAUCCUGGCGCUCACGCACGUCGGCGAUCCGGUCCUGCUGACCGUUAUCGCCGAGGAGGUCAAGGUUGCCCGUGACGAACCGCCGGCGAUGGCCACCACCGUCCAGCUGGCGUUUUUCCUGCCGGAACGCAGCAACUCGCCGCCGUACUUUGAAAAUGACCAUUACGUCACACGGUUGGAGGAGAACGCAGCCCCCGGGACGGUGCUGUCCUUUACCGAUCCGUACACGCCACGGGUGAUGGACGACGACGCGGGGAAGAACGGGGUGUUUUCGCUGACGCUGAUCGGGAACAACGGGACGUUCGAGAUUUCGCCGAAUGUGGCCGAGGGGCACGCGAACUUUGUGAUUCGAGUGCGGGACAACGUGAUGCUGGAUUACGAGACGGCGGAGUAUGUGCACUUUCAGAUCGUCGCACAGGAGCUCGGCCCCGCCACGAACCUGUCCGCCGCGGUCAACGUAUCGGUGUACCUCUCCGACGUCAACGACAACGCGCCCGUCUUCGAGCAGAACGACUACAUCGUCGACCUGCCGGAAAACAUGACCGCCGGGACGCGCGUCGUGCAGGUUCACGCCACCGACGUGGACACGGGGCUGGGCGGGAAGAUCCGGUACACGCAGAUUUUGGGCCCGCAGAACACUUCGCUGAACUUGGACCCGAGUUCGGGGGUCAUUACGGUGGCGACGAGCAACCACGGGUUCGAUCGGGAGUUGAUGCCGGAGUAUCAUUUGUACGUGGAGGCUCGGGAUGAUGACGGGAUUGGAAAUCGGGCGCAGGUUCUGCUGGUUAUCCGGUUGAUUGACGUGAACGACGAGACUCCGACGUUUGAGAAGAGUUUGUACGAGUUCAUUUUGUCGCAGAACUUGCGGAACUUUACCGUGCCGGCGUUCAUCAAAGCGAUUGAUGGUGAUGCCGAGGCGCCGAACAAUGAGGUUCGGUACGAGCUGAUCUACGGUAAUUACGAGAACAAGUUCGAGCUUCAUCCGAUCACUGGAGAACUGAAGCUUACGUCGGCGUUGGUGCGGCGAGCCAAGUCCACUCGCCAACGGCGUCAAACUAGUCAGCAGCAGCAGGGUCAACAGGAGUCGGAGGUGUUCGUGUUGACGGCACGGGCCUUCGACCUGGGCGUUCCGGUGCGUUUCUCCACGACGACGAUCCGGGUGUACCCGCCGGAGAGCCGAACCCGCACGAUGACCUUCAUCGUGCCCGGGCACGAUCCAGACCGGGCCAAGGUGCAGGAAACGCUCGCGGACGUCACCGGCGGGAAGGUCAUCAUCCAGGAGAUUCGACCGUACAGCGGCACGACUGCGGUGCCCGGGGCCACCGACAUCGGCGGCGACAGCAAGGACCGCAGCCUGGUCCUGGCGACCAUCCUGUACGAUGGUGACUCCGUGGUAGACAUUGCCCGGAUCCAGCAAAGACUGUCCGUCAACGGAACCGUGACGAAUGCCAUCAGCCAGGACGAGCGGAGUGCGAUCCUCUACAAGGCGGAGAAUCGGGUGCUCUUCUGGCUGCUAAUCUUCCUCGCCAUCCUGCUGGCCCUGGGCAUCCUAACGCUGCUGCUGUGCUGCAUCUGUCCGUGGUGCCCUCUGUACGCGGCCACGAGAAAAAGAGUAAUUAGAGUCAAUAGUAUCGAAGAUGAUGUGCACCUUGUUCACAGAGAGCAAGGCAUUGGAAAACAGUCAAAAUCUGUUCAGGUCGCGGAAUGGAUGGGACGAAGAGAAGCCUGGUCGGCGGAUAGAUCGUCCGAUUCCCGUACCAAGCCGACGCGUUGGGAAUUUAGAGGAAGACGACACGCUAACAAAGCCGCACUAGCAGAGGCAGCGGCCGCAGCAGGCCAUGACAACCGAGGGCACACGAUCGAGGACGACGAAGAUGGCGGCGGCGGCGGUGACAGUGGCGGCGGAGGCAGAAUGGUGGGAGUCAGCGAUAAGAAAACGAUGACCGACGGUAGUGGUAAAACGAAAGAGCAGACUGUUAAGAUUAGAAAUGAAUACAAAUCCAAAUCAGCAAAGGAUGGCGGUGGUGUCGGUGGCGGUGACGGUUUGCACCGUUCCCGCAGCAACCUGCUGAACAACGAGCAGGUCGCGCGCGACAUGUACGUGGAGGACGUGGACGAGCACGAUCCGGAGUACCAGUCGCUGAAGCGGGUGCACCGCGAUCGGGAGCAGCACCAGCAGACGCAGAUUGACGACGACUCGAUGCGGCGGCACGAGAUGGACCGGGGGAGCGAUUUGAACUAUGAGCGGCGGGGUAGCUUUAAGCGGCAGGGUGGGCUGACGAUCGGGAUUGAGGACUCGAUCGAGCCGCGGGAUCAGUAUUAUAUUAAGGAUGGGAACGCGGAGAUUUUGCGGUUGAUUACGCGGGGGAGGAACGAGGAGGAGAACAUUUAUGUGAAUGUGCCACCGCAGAGGGGGGCGGGGAAGGGGGAGGUUGGGGGUGGUGGGCAGGGUCCGCAGUAUAUAAUGGUGGACAACGGGGGGAAGGAGAUUCUGAUGAGGAGGUAUAUUGAGGAGCAGGCGAAUGGGAAGCAGAUUAUACGGGAGCACUAUCAGCUGUUGCCGGGGACGACGUUUAUCCAGACGAUUCCGAAUGAGGUGCCGGGGAAUGGAGGGGCGAGUUAUAGAGGGGAGCACGUUACGGAGGUGAAGAUCAACCAUGAGCAGAAGUCGAGGAGGGGUUCGAACAAGGAGGGUGACGAGGACGAGAUCCACAUAACGCAUGCCGUGUCGAACCACUCGUUGAUCCAUCAGGAGUUGGAGAACUCGCUUAAGCAGCAGAACGCCUUGUUGCGGCAGAUCUUGCUGGAGAAGGAAUCGCUGGAGAAGAAGUACAACCAGCAGGAUCAGGCGCUGGAAACGCAGAGUCUUCCCUGCCAAGCGGUUGUCGCAACGCAGACGGACUGCGAGACCGCCACCCAAACGGAACCCGUCAAGGUCGAGCGACGGCGCACGAAAAGCGAAAACGACGACUCACUCUCGGAGGACGAGUACGAGUACGUCAAGUACAGCCCACCGGACAGCCCGGACGGAGUGUAUCUGAUCAAGCGGAAGCGCACCCGCAAGAAGACCAAGUACAAAACCGACAGUGACACGAACGGCACCAAGAGCGGACGGCGGUUCAUUACGGUGGAAUCGGUGAAGCGCAAGAUACGGACGCCCAUCCAGGAGGAGGAGGAGCCACGGCCGGUGCCGAAGCACGCCGAAACGAGAGCGAGCAUUCUGCGGCGGAAACGCAACGAGGAGCGACUCAAGAAGGACGUGCUGAUGGAGAUUUCCGACUCGCUCGAGGACAAGGAAACCAGGAAGAAAGACAAGCGGCGGAAGGUUUACAAGAAGAACGUCAAAUACUACGAAGACUCGGACGGGUCGGACAAGGAGGGCAUGCAAAAGUACUUCUCGGCGGACAGCUUGGACGACGAGAUCAACUCGGACGUGGAGGACUACACGUACGAAGUGACCAAGACUUCCAAAUCGGUGACGGUUUCGCCGCGAGCGGGCGUCCAACAGCGAAUAUCGAGGAAGGACAACAAGCAGGAAACGACGCGGAUAAGGGUCGCGACUUCGGAGUCCCCGUCGAGACCGGUGAAAAAACCUGCGCCGAAGCCGCCCCGGAUGACCAAGUCGUUGUCCAAGGAGGGACUCGAGCAGGACAUUCCGGCAAAGUACAUGGACUGGUAUCACAAUCUCGGGAAGGACGAGGAGGUCAAGAAGGGUUACCGGGAAACAGAAAAGAAAAUAGUCCGGAAGAAGGUCGUUUCCUCCUCUUCCAAAGAGGACGAUCCCAAGUUCAAGCCGGAACCGGCCCCUCGAACGUCACCCCCAAAAGACGCGCGCCUCCUCAAAGAAGACAUCCAAAUGGCCAAGAAGGUGCAAUCGCAGUCUUCCAACGACGCCACCAGCCAUCCCCUUCUCCAACACUCCGAACAUCGCUUCGAAGCCGAGUACGACCAAAACUCCCAAGCCCCCGCCCCACCCGACAAGCUCCCCCACUACCUGUACCCCGAAACCCCACCCAUCGUCAACCGCGACAACAAGGUCCAAAUCAAGAUCGUCGACUCCUCCGCCUCCAAACCCUCCCCCAUCAAGGAGCACGAAGUCAAGGAACCCCGCCCCCGACCCUCCGACCCCCCUCCCACCACCAAAACCCUCAACGCCUCCACCCUCGAGGACGACCACGACUCCGGGAUCGCCAUGAACUCCCUCCUCCACAACAAGAACCGCCGCCACCCGCUCACCGACAAGAAGAGCAUCUUCACGAUCGCGUACGACGACGUGCGCAUCCGCCAGAUCCGCUCGGAGAGCGACACCCCGCCGUUUUCCUAACAGCGGCCGGGGGGUCAGCCUGCCGAGCAGCUGCAGCGACAGCAGCGACGCAGGUCGGCGCGGCAGCGGAACCUGGACCGUGAGUCCAAGUCCGAAGCCGAAGAGCAGCAGCAGCAGCAGCGGAGACGGGGAGGGAAGCAGCUGGCGCUUCGUAAGCGCAAUAGUGAGUGAGAGCGAGGAGGGCGAGGAGGGGGGGUCGAAGCGGCGAUAGGAAGCGGCUCUCACUCUCCUUCUGCAAAGGCGCUUGAAAUGUUUCAUUUGACAGGGAGCUGUCAAGGGGAAUAAUUCAAGCGCCUUUAAAGUGAUGUGUUUGAAAUGUUUCACGUGACGGUUGCUUUUGCCUACACUCACGUUCAAAAUCAUUCAGUUUUUGUCAAAACCAAACCUACUCAGAAAUGAGUGAAGGAGGAAUCUAAAUAUCAGGUUUAAGUGAUUUUCACUCAGAGCCGAUACUUACAAUUUUGGUGGAUUUUUUUUUGGAAACGUUUCAUUGGUAACUUAUUUUCUCACUUUUCCGACAAAUGACAGUCUGACAUGUGAAAUUAAAUUUUUGCGAUAAAAUGUUCCCAAAAAAUUCACCAACUCUGUAAGUUUAACAAUAUCACUUAGAUCUGGGUCAAAAUGAAUAGAUGAAUCUAAUAGUUUAAGUAGCUUUUCUUUGCCCAAUUUUUGCAGCAAAAUGUCAGUAUGAUAUUUUUGUGAUUAACAUGAAAAAUUUAACAAGAAAUUUACAUCAGUUUGACUGUGUCUAAAGCAAAUAAUUUCUGAGCCAUUAUGCCUCAGAUUUUGCCAAAUCAAAACCCUUCUGGAAUAAUGCAAAUUUUCUCAUUUUUGGGAAAAAAUACUCAAAAUGAAUAAAAUUUACUCAAAUUUUGUGUAAAUUUUACCAAACACCCAACGUGGUGAUUAUUGCACUCAAUCUCAAUAAUGCCUACGGUAAGUCGAAAUUUUUUGAUAGCAAUGAAAAAUGAAAAAUUAAAAUUGAACCUUUUCAAAAGAAACUCCAAUAUUGGUUUCCAAAAUUCAGAAAUUUAAUAUCCAAAUUUUUCAAAAUCGUAAUCUAAAAAAUUACCAUUUUAAAAAUAGUAAAUAUUAAAAUUUUACAAUUUUAAAAUUUUGAAAUUACUUUUUCGAGAUGAUCAAAUUACUAUUUUUUAAGAUAUUGGAAAUUUUAAAUUUUUAUACUUCUAAAUUUAAGUUUAAAAUUUUCAAUGUCUUAAACAAUGGGAAUUUGAUCAUCUCGAAAAAAUAAUUUCAAAAUUCUUAAAUUUCUAUAUUUACUAUUUUUAAAAUGGUAAUUUUUUAGAUUACGAAUUUGAAAAAUCUGGAUAUUGAAUUUUAAAAUUUUUGAAUUUUGGAAUUUGGAAACCAAUAUUUGAGUUUGUCCUAACGCCUAUGUUACUUUUAAAAACAACGGUGUAAAAAAGGCUUUAAAUCCAUUUUAGAUCAUUUAUUUGAUUUUGAGCUGUUGCGAAUCUUUUUAUAAGUUUUUGUUGACCCCGGCCAGAGCA